CAGAAACACAAACAAGAAUUAAGUUCCUUGUGGUGUAUGUAAUAAUAACCUAAUAGUAGAUUUAGUUCUUGUUGGGAAACUGUUUAGAAUGUCCACAACAUUUUUUACUGCAGACUCAUAUGGUGUCUUAUCUCGCAGUUUAUCUACGAUGUAGCUCAACAGGCACAUAACAGUACCAGACAUCGAACGUCGGCACUUUCCCAUUCCCAAGGACAUACUUCCAUUCAGGAAAUAUUGGUCGUCAUGGACAAAUUUAUCACCAAUGAUUCCAGAAUUGCAGAUCAGCUGGAUAUCAUACAGCAACUGCACGAGAAAUGUUUGGAUUCCGUAAUGGUAUACAUAUUUUCUCUGCUAGGCAUUAGCGAUUUACGUACCACUGAAACAGUUUGUAAACUUUGGUACUCCAUUGUAAAGAAAAAAAACCUUUGGGAAAAACUUUACCAAAGACACAAUGUUCGAUCCUCCACAUUGAAACUACUACUUGAUCGACGAACAUGUGAAGGCUUUAAUACAGCCGAAGAUGAGUUCUUGCAUAAAAGACUGUUAAACGCUUAUGAAAAAGUACAGCAUAACUGGGCCACGGGCACCUGUGUGAAGAAAUCCGUCAACGUUGGUCAUUGUUCGCGAUUCGUCAUGGAUUCAAAGCGCGUCAUAACAUUGGAUUCGACUCUUCGUGUUACCAUGUGGAAUAGGUGGACACUAGAGGAAGAACGUUUACCACUCACGUGUGAAGAUGGUAUUUCAGAAUUAACUCAUCUUCAAUUGGCCGAGGAUUUGGUCUUUUGUUCGUAUAGAGACGGCACAAUCGUAGCAUGGGAUAUAAUGGAAAAAGCUGCUCGUUUUCGGUUCAAAGACGAAAAUAUUAGCGGUUGCGAUUUGAAAAUUCAUACUGCCCAUGGCUUAUUGGUUAGUUUUGUGACGGUAACUGGGCCAGUUCGGGGUUGUGAUCAGACCAGAUUUUCAGUACGAUCCCUUCAAAAACCUUUUAGUAUUGUCGCUGACGAAUUGACAACACGAAUUCCCUGUGCCAGAGUGAAAGAUGUAACGUCCGAUAGUAAUUAUUUUGUUGUAUUCCUAUUUUGCUCAAACAAUUAUGUCGUUUCGGCUGACGAUGUUAAGAUUCAACUUCGGUCUGUAGAUACGUUUGAAGUCCUUCGUGAAGUUUGUGGAAUUAUCCCCUCAGAUCAUGUAUUCAAAUACUUUGAUGGGUGGCUUAUAGCUGGAAUUCGAACUAUUCGUAUAUGGGACAUAGAGAAAAGUGACUGUCAACAUGUCAUUCCGCAAUCAAACAGUAGUAUUGAAGAAUAUGAAACGCUAGUGGUUGAUAUCCAACUUGACGGUGAGCGUCUAAUCAUUCGCGAUAACUCUGGGACGUUUAACGUUUGGUUGUUCUGUUGUAAAAAGGGAGCGAAUUUGUCUAGCAGAAUGGGGUUGCUUUCAAACAACAAUGUUUCAAUAUCAUCGGAACCUAUUGCGAGAAGAUGUGAAAAGUUUAAGUUUGACGAGCUCCAGAUCGUUACGGUUGAGAGAGUCCAAGACGACCUUCGUGGCCCGUUUGACCUGCUGAUAAUGAGAAAUUUUUUCUGAUAUGGCCACUGUUUACUAGUGAUAUCAUCACCACUAAUAAAGUCUUUGCUGCAAAA